AUGAAGGUAAAGAAUCAAUACUUCGCAACAUUCAUCUCUAUUGUCGCUCUCCUAGCCCCCGUCGUCCUGGCCGCCCCGCAGGCAAUGACUGACGCGGGCUGGAUCCAACUCCUUAAGGAACAGUGCCCUGAUAUAUCAAAGCAGUGUCUUGAUAUUGCAGACAAGGCCCAUCAACCGGCGUUUGGUACUGCUGAAGCUGAACAAGCUGCAAAGACCAUGCCGACUUGUAACCCAGCCUAUGAGAAAUAUUCAAUUACUCACUCGUACAAGCAACUGGCUAACCGCAGUCCAGAUGCUUUUCAGCCAGGCGCCACUCAAGGAAAUCCCGUUAUAUGCCUUCUACAAAUUGCGCCUGAUCAUAUUAAGUACUUUCUCGACAAUGACCGCGCUAGCGUACCGAUUCCGCCUAACCAAAACUGUCCAUUGCGAGAGCUGCACCGCGUAGCGCACGUUGAACUGGGUCCCUUGGCAUAA